UCUCUCUAAAAAUAUCUUCUCACAUCUCUCCCUUUUUAUUGUCACAUUUUAUUAAAAAAAAAACUCCCAUUUCUUCAUUUGUAUGUUAAUCAAAGCAUAAUUGAUUAAUUUCUCAAUGGAGGAAGCAAUUUUAUACCCACCGAAAUUCACAGAGCACCGAAAAACCACCACAAAAAUCAUCAAACCGCCGCCGCAAAACCCAAGAAAACACCACCGGAGCUCCAGCUCCGCCGCGAAAACUAUCCGAAUCUCCGUCACCGAUCCCUACGCCACCGAUUCCUCCGACGACGACGGCGUCUUCCGCCGCCAGAGAAUCAAGAAACACAUCACGGAAAUCAGAAUGGAAACGACAGCAACAACCGCCGAAAUCAGCCUCAAGCCGAUUCCCAAGGCGAUUAAGCCGCAGAAGCAGGCGGCGGGCGGCGGCGCGAGGAAGUUCAGAGGCGUGCGGCAGCGGCCGUGGGGGAAAUGGGCCGCCGAGAUAAGAGACCCUUGCCGGAAAGUGAGGCUCUGGCUGGGAACCUACGACACGGCGGAGGAGGCCGCCAUGGUCUACGACAGCGCUGCCGUGAAGCUCCGCGGCCCCGACGCGCUCACCAAUUUCACUCCUCCGCCGGUUAAAGAGGCGGCGUCGGUUUCCGGCUAUGACUCCGGUGAUGAAUCGCUCAAUCUCACCUCUCCAGUCUCUGUUUUCCGGUUUAGCCACUCGAGCGACUACACUGAACCGGCCGGUUUGAGUAGUCAGUCGAGUGACUUAACCGAACCGGACCGGUCCAACCCGGUCAAUGAAGUGGUCAAGAAAGAGAUGUCACCGUCGCCGUGUUUGUUGAUUGAUGAACAAAGCCGGACCGGUCCGGUUUGUUUUGGUUCGGAGGUGGAGGAGUGUCAAGGAGAAACGAGUAAUGUACUCGACUAUUUGUCGAUGGACAUUCCGUUCCUCGAUGAUUUUUUCAACUUUUGCCCUCUAGAGGACCAGUUGUUCGGGGACGUCCCGGGUUUUUGCGACGAUUUUACGAUGAGGAUUGAUGAGUUUCCGUCGCUCGACGCGGCUUAUAAGCAGAAGGUGGAGCUCGGAGACGUUAAGGAUUCGUUUCAAGAACUCGGUUCGCUGGAUGUCGAAGAUUAUUUUCAAGACUUGUGAGGAUCAUUCAAAAAAAUGUGUGAACAUAGUCGGAAAAUUGCCAAUUCAUGGGCAAAUUUUGUUUUUUUUCGGCUAAUGUUGGUAUUUUAUUUAUUUUAUUUUAUAGUAACUAUAGUUAGUAGCUAAAUUAUUUGUUUUACUGAUAUUAAAAUUGGGGAAUGAGUGAGUUUAAGCAAUAAAAUGGAGUAUUUGUCUCAA